GAAGUAGGAGCUCUCUUCGUGUAAGAUCAGGCAGUUGCGCUUGCGCUGCGAGCAGUUGCGAGUUGCGAGGAAAUCGAAAAAAUGGCGACUCGUCUGUUAAAAGUUAGUUCCGCGUUGCGGACUUACAGCAAUAAAUCUAGUGUCAUAAAGACACAAAAGCAAUGGAGGUCUACAGCAUCUUCUCUGAAAGAAAUCCUUCUCAAUCAGCCUAUAACCAAAGUGACAACUCUAGAUUGUGGUAUGAGGAUUGCAAGCGAAGACACUGGUGCACCAACAGCCACAGUAGGGCUAUGGAUUGAUUCUGGCAGUCGUUUUGAAAACGACGAAAACAAUGGCGUGGCUCACUUCAUGGAACAUAUGGCUUUCAAGGGGACUACCAAACGUUCUCAAACUGAUUUAGAAUUAGAAAUUGAGAAUAUGGGUGCUCACUUGAAUGCCUAUACAAGCAGAGAACAGACAGUAUUUUAUGCUAAGUGUUUGUCGCAAGAUGUACCAAAAGCUAUAGAAAUUUUAAGCGAUAUCAUUCAAAAUUCUAAACUUGGCGAAAACGAGAUUGAAAGAGAACGUGGUGUCAUUUUGAGAGAGAUGCAGGAGGUUGAAACAAACCUUCAAGAAGUUGUUUUUGAUCACUUGCACAGUAGUGCUUACCAAGGAACUCCUCUGGGCAGGACAAUUUUAGGACCCACCAAAAAUAUCAAGAGCAUUACAAGAAAAGAUCUUCUAGAUUAUGUAAGGACAUACUAUGGUCCACCAAGAUUCGUUCUAGCAGGAGCCGGUGGUGUAGAACAUAAUGCCCUAGUAGAAUUAGCCGACAAACACUUUGGUAAAAUGACAGGACCGCACUACGAUGAAAUUCCACGUAUAGAUGUACCAUGUCGUUACACUGGCUCUGAAAUUAGAGUUCGCGAUGACAGCAUUCCUCUUGCGCAUAUAGCUAUUGCUGUUGAAGGCGCUGGAUGGGUCGACGCAGACAACAUUCCUCUUAUGGUUGCAAACACUUUAAUGGGAGCGUGGGAUCGCAGCCAAGGAGGUGGCGUAAACAACGCGAAUCACUUGGCUCAAGCUGCAGCAUUUUUAGGAAUGUGCCACAGUUAUCAAAGUUUCAACACAUGCUACAAAGAUACUGGUCUAUGGGGCGUGUAUUAUGUAUGCGAUCCCAUGAAGUGCGAGGACUUCGUUGAAAACAUUCAGUCUGAAUGGAUGAGAUUAUGCGUGUCGGUCACUGAAAAGGAAGUAGAACGCGCGAAAAACAUUCUCAAAACAAACAUGCUUCUUCAAUUAGAUGGUACAACCGCGAUUUGCGAAGACAUCGGUCGACAGAUGCUCUGCUACAACAGACGUAUACCUCUUCACGAACUUGAGGCCAGGAUAAAUAGCGUAACGGCUAAAACUAUUCACGAUGUCGGUAUGAAAUACAUUUACGAUCAGUGUCCGGUAAUUGCAGCUGUUGGCCCAGUCGAGGCUCUGCCUGAUUAUAAUGUAAUACGAUCAUCCAUGUACAGAUUACGAAUGUAAACGAAUUCCUUUAAUAGAACUUAAAACAACUCGCCCACAACGUCAGUUUCAAUAAAAAAUACUCGACAUUAAAUUGAAACUACAACUAUAUAGAUCGUUUUACUUACAUGUGAAUUAUUGUUACAAUUUAUCCCGGAAUAUUUAUUAAGCAACUUGAAAUAUAUCAUGUAAGUUUUUAUGUACAUCGUAACGGUACAUUGUAGUUUCAUUUUAGUAAUUGUUCGACAAUUUGUCUCCUGCCAUACGUGUAUCGUCAGGCUGAAAUAAAACAAUUGAUCUACAAGAA